GCACUGGCUGGACUGCCUUAAGACCUUCCUCCUGUGUUGUAAAGCCAGCGAGAAAGCAAGGAUUGAACUACUCUGAGCUCUCACAUCUCCUGUGAAGGACACCAAAUUCAUCCAACUUUAGAAACUCUUCCUCAGAACAAACAAACAAAAGACCGGGGCUGUGGUAUCAGUCCGAGAGUGCGUGGUGUCUGCUUGCCUGGUCUCCACCUCAUCCAGUCUCACCAGGGGAGUGUUUGCAGGUGAAGAUGAACAGUGGAAUUCUCUUCUUGUCUGUCCUUAGCUUCCUCCCACUCGUGAUACCCAUAUGUCCUGUGCCUUGCAAGUGUGCCACCAACAUUAUUGACUGCACGUCAAAAGGCCUAACUGUAGCAGAACUACCAGUUGCUUUCCGCCCUUCGGCUGAAAUUAUCCACCUUAGUUACAACAGGCUCACCUCUGUUCCCAAUGGGCUCUUUGACAACCUAAAGAGCCUCCAGGUAGUCUACCUGCAGGGCAACCCUUGGGAAUGCAACUGUGACAUCCUCUACUUGCGCUCCUGGCUCCAGUGGCAGCAGAACCGGACCUUAUACAGGGAUGUGAGAUGCACCUCCCCAGCUCACCUGCAGGACCGGAUCAUUGCUUAUCUGACAGAAGAUGAGAUCAUCUCCACAUGCCAGUACUGGUACUGCAGCCUGGCUCUCUUCUCUCAGCUCUGUCUCUUCAUCCUCCUCUUCCUCCAGGGUAUCUUGGUUAUCUUCAUCAUUGUCUACCUGCAGAAGUUUCGGAGAAUGACCACUGAAGCCCGGAGCACCACCUGAGAUCUACACUGGCAUGCAGACACCUAGGUAUCUCCUUCAAGAAGCCCCUACAACAGUGAUUAACAUCACAAGACUGAUGACCCUCCUCCCCUCCUUGGGUGGUGCUGUGCCAA